AUGUGCCUUUCCAAUUGCCACGCCUUCCUCCCCCCCUCUCUCCUCGUUCUUCCCGUCUUUCGGCCCCGUCAUGUCCCUCCCUCUAUGUCAACUCCCUCGCGACCGGCCCACCGCACCGUCAACGACCGCGCGAAAGACUUCCUCACCCAACGCGCCGUCCAGCAGACCAUGUUCUGCUCGCGCGUCCUGCGUGACGAAACCACCUUGCAUUGGCUCGAGGACUUCCUUGACCACCACGGAUUGGACGACCUCCACCAUUGCGACGCCCUUCGCCUCCCAAGCACAGAGUAUCUCACCCGCCUUCUAAAGGAGCCGCCAAUCGAGCUCCUCAUUCGCAAGCCCAUCCAGGGGCGCACCACGAAUAAGAACCCCUACAUAAAGCGACGCUAUUAUGAGUAUAAUGUCGACAUUGUGCCGCGGAAGAUCGGACGCCGCGUGUUGGUACGUCGCAGCUAG